GGAGGAGGAGGGUUAGGGUUGACAGUGAGAGUUUACAUAAUGACUGGCUGACGGCACGGGACUUUUCUGCUGCAAACUAAGGAGGAGUCCGCUGUCUUGGUUUGUAUAGAAAUGGAUAUUAAGUGACACAUACACGCAAGACGGUGGAAAUACGGGACCGGUGGAAAUAGGGGGAGUUACGAUAUGAAGGUAAGUUAGCCACGCUAUGCUAUUUCCAAUAUUAGCAUGUUAGCCAGGGUUUGCUUUGUAUUUAUUAUAUUUUUAUUAUAUUGUAUUUAUUAUAUUUUGUUGUCUUGUCUUUGUGGUGCUAAAAAUAAAGUAAUUAAUUCUGUCCGCAGUCUCUAAUAAAGAUCAGGGUACAGGCGAGGUUAUCAUCAGGGCACUGUGCCAUAGGUCGAUGAAGAAGUCGGAGAAACCCCACAGUUUGAGUGUGGUCCUGAAGGAAUCAAACCCUGUGGAGCUGAUGCAUCACAGAUGCUCAUGCAUUGCAGGAGCAGCCCUAUGCAACCACUGUGUUGCUUUGUUGUUCCAAUCCGCACAUUACAGCCAGCUGAAUUUGUCUGUGGUACCUCCUGUGUUAUGCUGUACUGAGGGAGAACAGCAAUGGCACAAGCCUAGAACUUUGGGUGUUAAGCCAGGCCCAGUGGAUGGGAUGACAGUACUGUCUGCUAAACCAAAGGAGAGAGCAACAAAUGAAGGUGUAAGGAGCACACUCUACAAAGGCCUAACAGGGGAUUUACCUGACCUUUCCGUCCUUCGGGUGACGGAAGUGUACAACGAUUUCCCUGCAGCUGAGGUGCCGAUGAUCUGCAGCAUGGGCAUCACCUGUGAGAUCCCUUUGGUCGAAUCCGCCCUUGGCAUGGUUCAGGCUGGAAGCCCUUUAUCAUACCAACAACCAGCUAGAGCCAGGAGAGACUUGUCCUUCCACUCUGCACCACCACGUCCAUCUCUGCCACUUGAUAAUUAUCACCUGCCGCCAUCCACUUGUGUGUUUGUGUGUACCGAGUCUGAGCAGUUACAUCUAAAAAGUCUAGCGGUAAACUGGGACAUGGUGCGUAAAUUUGAAUGUGCAACAAGAGUGCAAAGUAAAUGUGCAGAAUGGCAUGAGCUCAGGAAGCCAAGAGUGACUGCAUCACGGUUCAGGGAGAUCUGCCAGGUUAAAGAAUGUGCCGAAGACAGUCUGGCUAAACGGAUACUUCAGGGAACCCGACAAACAGCCGCUAUGAAGAGGGGAAUCGAGUUAGAGGCGGAUGCUAUUUGGGAAUAUUGCCGAAUGAAGCAGGUAAACCACUAUCCCUGUGGAUUAGUCAUUCACCCAGAUGCCCCUUGGCUGGGGGCGUCUCCAGAUGGCUUAAUUUUUGACCCUUCUGAAUCCUGUGAGUUCGGUCUAAUAGAAAUGAAGUGCCCUAAUGUCAAAAGCUAUGUUGAUUGUCCAUACCUCCAAAUGAGAUCAGGCCAGUUAGAGCUUAAAAAAAUCACAUGCAUAUUACUGGCAAGUGCAGGGGCAGAUGUUAGUAACAGGCAUGAACUGGUGUGAUUUUGUCGUGUCAGCUGAAGAUGAUGUCUUCAUCCAAAGAAUCUAUAGAGACACUGAUGUUUUGGAUGUAAUUAGACCUAAAGUAGACAGGUUCUACUUUAAUGUUUACAUGCCGGCUUGUCUGCAAGUUGUUUAAAUAUGUCAAAUUGAAAUCUAAAAUAAUAUUCUUUGUGUAAAUAACUGUAAAUAAUUGUAAAUAACUAUACUGGUGUGUGUAUGUCUAAGGGAGGAUGAAUUAAACAUGAGGUAGCUGAUUUGACUAAUAAAGAGCUUUGAUCUCA